AUGGACGAUCAAUUGAAACGUCUCGAAGCUAUAACAAGUCGACUAGAAUCUGUUGUUCAUCAAAUCUCACCAUCAUCUGCUACUAAUGGUCACUCAAAUGGAUCUGAUAAUUCAACAGAUAAUAUCGAUCAUUUACCUAUAUUACAUGAUUAUAAUUCAUUAGUUAAUGAUUCGGUUAAACCAUUUUUAGCUCUCUCAAAAAAGAUUGAUGGAGAUCUGACAACUAUGAGUGAUCAUGUGGGACGUCUUUUUGAAGCUCAACAACAAUUUAUAAAACAAGCUGUACAAAGUAAGAAAGGAAAUGAUCAACAAAUUAUGGAAGCAAUUAAACCACAAUCAACUGAAAUUGAAGCAAUUACAGCUUUUACAAGCAAAAAUCGUAAAUCACCAUUAUUUAAUCAUUUAUCAGCAAUUUCCGAAGGUAUUCCAGCACUUGGUUGGAUUCUUGUUUCACCAACACCUGGUCCACAUGUUAAAGAUAUGACAGAAGCAGCUCAAUUUUAUUCAAAUCGUGUAUUAAAAGAAUUUAAAGACAAAGAUUCUACUCAUACCGAAUGGGUUAAAUCAUGGACUAAAGUAUUAACUGAUCUUCAUACUUAUGUUAGACAACAUCAUACAACUGGUUUAGCAUGGGCAUCACAAGGUAAACGUGAUUUUGGUUCAGUUAAUGUAUCAACAAGUAAACCUGCUGCUGGUGGACCGCCUCCUCCUCCACCACCACCACCACCACCUCCACCAAUGCUAUUCGAUACAACUCUUAGUGCACUUGCUGCUGAUAAUAGCCGCAAUGACCUAUUGAAUUCUAUAAAUGCAUUAGGUCAAGGUGCAACAUCUCAUUUAAAAAGAGUACCUGAUGAACUUAAAACUCAUAAGAAUCCACAAUUAAGACAAGAUGACGAUGGAAAGAAGGGUGGUUCACAUUUCGUCGAUGGAAAACCAGUUGUACCACCUAAACCUGGUAAACCUACGUCUGCACCAGCAUCUGCUAAACCACAGGCAGUCAAUAUAUCAAAAUCAAAUACAAGUGGACCACCUAAAUUAGCUCUUGAAGGUAAUAAAUGGGUAGUUGAAUAUCAAACAGGUAAAUCUGAUCUUCGAAUAACAGAAACAGAAAUGAAACAUACAAUUUAUAUAUAUAAAUGUACAAAUUCAACAAUAAUUGUUGAAGGUAAAGUUAAUUCAAUUGUACUUGAUCAAUGUACAAAAGUUGGCUUACAAUUUACAUCAGUUGUAUCAUUAGUUGAAUUUAUUAAUUGUAAAAGUAUGAAAGCUCAAGUUAUUGAACGUGUACCAACAAUACAAAUUGAAAAAACAGAUGGUUGCCAUAUUUAUUUAUCAAAUGUAUCACUUGAUACCGAAUUUAUAACAUCGAAAUCAUCCGAAAUGAGUGUUAAUAUUCCAUUUGGCGAUGGAGAAUAUAAAGAAUAUCCAAUAGCUGAACAAUUUAAAACAUAUUUAAAAGAUGGAAAACAACUUGUAACAGUAGCAAAUGAAUCUGCUGGUGUUUGA